UCAAACCAAAAUCGUGAACGCGUAAAAACAUAAACGGAGCAAAAACGGUUCUCAAAGCAAAAGGAAACGGAAAGAAGCUUAUAGCUUAUUGUUGGUGUGUUGUGAAUGAGUGUAUGAAUGACUGUUUUCCUCGUUUAAGUGGAAGGCAAUUAACAUAGAAAACCUCCAAGAACAACAAGGGAACGCGCAAAAACAAUUAAAAUAAGAACAAAAUUAAAAAAAAAAAAACAUAUUGCCAAAUACAUAAAACACAUAAAUUAUUUCAAAUUUAACGGUUAUCGCAGUGCAAAAUAAGCACAAACUAUGGCUAGAAUAUUAAGAAUUUCCUUGCUAAUGCUGAUUUUCUGCAUAACAAAUACAUGGACCAUACAUGUGGUUGUUCCAGAACAUUUACAAAAUAGUGUAGCGGGAGAAGAUACCUUAGAAAUGAAGCGCCAGCACAAUUUAGUGCAACAAAGUAUUAAAUAUGCCAUAAACUCCAACAACAACAGCAGCAGCAGCACCACCACCACAACGAGUGCUGCUAGUAGCCAAAUAAAUGCAAUGCUUGCAAAAAAUCAACUACCUCACACAUCAUACGAUAAAAACUAUGACGUCGUAAUGGCCCCCCAUGGCAGGCAUAACAACGGCGAAGAAAAUAAUAAAAACAAACACUUUUUUGAGAGCUUGGAGGCAGCAGCACAAUCAAAUGACAACGACAAUGAGGGUUCUCAGGCGCACAAACGCAAUAGGAGAGAGUUGUCGGACUGGCUGAUUGCUCCUAAUACUCGGUGGUGUGGCAGAGGCAAUUCAGCCAAUGGCACGUACAACCAUCUUGGCGGUGCCUCAAUGGCUGACAAAUGUUGCCGCAAACAUGAUCAUUGCAAGCUAUUUAUACCCGGUAUGUCCAAUCGUUAUGGAAUCUUCAAUUACCGGCCCUACACCCUGUCGCACUGUAGCUGUGAUCGCCGUUUUCGCACCUGCCUGAAAAUGGCCAAUGACGAGGAUGCCAAAACCAUAGGACAGCUCUUCUUUAAUAUGGUGCAAACACAAUGCUUUAUAUUGGCCAAGGAAAAAGUUUGCCAUGAACGUGCUGCCGAUGGCUCAUGUGCUCAAGAGCAUACCAAACAAAAGGCAUAUUUAAGGAAUAACAAGAAAUUUUAAGAGCGCCAAGUUAUAGUACUCUCACUAGUGAUUUUGCAGAAAGAGAUGUAGAGAGUGCAGAACAGGUGUUUUGUUGGUGGUUCCUCCAAAAAUCACACACACACACACACAAACACACACUUAAUAACCUCAAGCUGCUAAAACACAUCAUAAAAUCUCAUUUCUUAUAAGCCAUGCGUGUUCUUGUUGUUUUGUGUAUUGUGUUUGUAUAAUCAACAGAACAAAUAGGAUAAUCCAUAUGUACAUAGCACGUAACCCAUUGUGUAGACAUAGUAUUUGCCCAAGAGAUGGAAUAACGUAUGUCAUUUUCAACAUUAUUUAUACUGCUAUAUCUCAAAGAAGACUGUUGCGUUUCUUUGCAAUGGGAUGUUAUCAGCACUAUGGCGUCUUAAUGAUACUGCGACAAGUUGGCUAUGGUUUUAAUUGUUAAACGCAAUGCUUUACGAAAGUCAUGCGUUCUACAUUGUUUGCAUCUUAUUCCCAUAACCUUCCGUUGGAAUCAUUAAAUUAAAUAUGGAUACUUGUCACUUUAGUAACAUAUUUUUAAGUUUUAGUACCUAUGAAAUGACAAAAAUCUAAAAAUUAUGACUAAUAAUUUAAAAUAAAUUUAUUUAAAAUAUAUAAACAAAAGCUACUUUGAUUAGCUUAAUUAGAUGUUGUAUAAACUGACAGUAGUGAUGUUUUAUAAACAUACAUAUAAACAGAAAAAAGAUUAUAUUUUAUAGCUUGUGAACGUUGAUCUUAAUAACGAGUAUAACAAACAAGUAAGCCAAAAAAAAAUAUUUUAACGCAAGAACAUGAAAUAAAUUUUUAAAACU